AUGACUAAGAAGACUGCUGAAAAUUUAGAUCAAAUUGUUGAAAACAAUAUCACAAAUACGAUUUGUGAGCAAGGAAUGGAUGAUUCUUCAAUGAAAAGCAAACCAUCUUCCUGUGAAGAAGAAAUAGAUAAUUCUUCAAUGAAUGACAAGUCUACUUCUUGUGAUAAAGAAAUAGAUAAUUCUUUAAUUAAUGAUAAAUCUACUACUUGCAAAGAUGACUUAAAUGAUUCACCAUUAAAUAACAAGCCUACUUCUUGUGAAAAAGAAAUAGAUGAUUCUUCAAUGAAUAGUAAAUCUACUACUUGCAAAGAUGACUUAAAUGAUUCACCAUUAAAUAACAAGCCUACUUCUUGUGAAGAAGGAAUAGAUGAUUCUUCAAUAAAUAGUAAAUCUACUUCUUGCGAACACGACUUGAAUGAUUCUUCAAUAAAAAGCAAAACUACUUUUUGUGAAAAAGAAAUAGAUGAUUCUUCAAUGAAUACUGAAUCUAUUUCUUGUGAACAAGAAUUGAAUGUUUCUUUAUUGAAUGACAAGUCAACUUCUUGUGAAGAAGGAAUAGAUGAUUCUUUAAUAAACAGUAAAUCUACUACUUGCGAACACUACUUGAAUGAUUCUUCAAUAAAAAGCAAAACUACUUCUUGUGAAAAAGAAAUAGAUGAUUCUUCAAUGAAUACUGAAUCUAUUUCUUGUGAACAAGAAUUGAAUGUUUCUUUAUUGAAUGACAAGUCAACUUUUUGUGAAGAAAGAAUAGAUGAUUCUUCAAUAAAUAGUAAAUCUACUUCUUGCGAACACGACUUGAAUGAUUCUUCAAUAAAAAGCAAAACUACUUCUUGUGAAAAAGAAAUAGAUGAUUCUUCAAUGAAUACUGAAUCUAUUUCUUGUGAACAAGAAUUGGAUGUUUCUUUAUUGAAUGACAAAUCAACUUCUUGUGAAGAAAAAAUAGAUGAUUCUUUAAUAAACAGUAAAUCUACUACUUGCGAACACGACUUGAAUGACUCUUCAAUAAAAAGCAAAACUACUUCUUGUGAACAAGAAUUGGAUGAUUCUUCAAUGAAAUGCAAUGAUGAAUUUCUAGAGCAAAAUGUAUUGAUUACGGAGGAUAAAAAGAUUGAUGAUAAAUUAACAAUAAUAAGUCCUAAUUCUAAUGGUCUUGAAACAAAAGAAAAUCCAAUUAAUGAAGAAGUAACUGAAAAUGAUCUUGAUAUGCGUAGUAUCAAUACAAUAUCUUUAUCUUAUCAUCAUCUAAAAAAAAAAAGAAUUAGUUUAUUUAGUUUUUACAAUUCUCUUCUCACAAAUAUAUUAACAAUGGAAUUUAAAUAUGAUACAAUUGUUGAUGAUUUUGUCUUAUCAAGUGAAACUCUUGUGACAAUUUAUAAUGAAUUAAAAAAAAUGGAAAACAAAGAAAGAUUUAUUGUAGCAGAAAGAAUGAUAUACUUGUCUAUUAAAUAUAUUCUUCCCAGAAAUAACGAUGAAUUUGAUAAAUCAAAAUUUUAUUUAAAUAAUGAAGAAAUUAUUAUAGAUAUUAUUAAAACACAAAUGAAUUUUUCAUUAAGAAAAACUUUCUUUAGCUUUGUUUACCUGAUUACUUCAGAUAUAAGUUUAAAUGCGAUAAAUAAAACUGAUGAUCUUAUUUUGUCAAAUUUAUUAGCAGAAAAUAUUUAUUUGCGUUAUUUUGCUUCUUCACCAGAACAACUUUUAGAAGAAGAAAUUUCAAUAAUAGAUGAUUUUGAAUUUAGAAUGUUUAUUCUUACAUUGCACGAAAGAAUUUGUGGUGAAUUUUCUAAUACAACUCUACCAUUAAAAAAAGAUACCGUAAGUGGAUUUUUAUCAUUCUUUGGUAGUACUAUGGGUGUUUUGUCAGUUUGUAUUUUUAUGAAUAUAACCAAUGUUAGAAGAGAUAAAGAAAAUAUACAAACUGAGAUUAAAUAUAUUUCCUCAGUUUUAGAAAACUUAAUACCACAAUUUCUGUAUUUAAUUGAAUCUGAAAGUUUUGAGAAUAUCAUUUCUAAAACAAAUUUAAUUGAAUCUGUUGAAGAAAUGUCACAAAUGUUAUCUAUCCUUUUUGUCGAUAAAAGAGAAUUACUUUCAUCUGAAAUUUUCAAUAAUGGAUUAAUAAAUAUUUAUUUUGCAGUCGCUUUUAUAAUACUAAAAUUAGGAUAUCAUGCUAUAAAAUGGAAACCUUACUAUGAGAAAUUCUUUCAAUUUGUUAACGUUUGGAAAAAUGUUAUGAAUUACAUUGUUGAUAUUGAAGCAUCUAAAACUAGAAGUGUUUUAAAAAAUAUGUUCCAUAUCUCAUCGUCUAUCUUAAAAAGUUAUGAAAGUAAUUUUAAUACACUUUUUGAUGUCUAUCGUAGAAAAAUGAGAAAAGAAAGAAAGUUAGUCUUUAGAACUUAA